AUGACGUUUGAAGAAAAGCCUGAGGGCAAUGGGAGCCUUGUAGACGAGAGCCAGCAGUACCUAGGUGGGAGGCAUCAGGCAAACGGGAAACCAGGAACAAGCGGGAAAGCUAGGCUCUCUGCAAGGCAGGAGGCAAAUGCGAAGUGCGGCUUGCCCAGAAAAAGCUUCAACAGGUACACCUGGCAGGAGAUCCAGAGACACAGUCAGGAGACUGACCAGUGGCUGGUGAUCAAUCGCAAGGUCUACGAUGUUACUGGCUGGGCAGACAGGCAUCCCGGUGGGCGCCAGGUCCUCAACCACUGCGCUGGGGAAGACGCCACGGACGUCUUCAGAGCCAUGCAUCCGGACCCUGACAUUGUGCGGUUGUACCUUAAACCCCUGCUCAUCGGAGAGCUUGCUCCAGAAGAGCCCAAUCAGGAGAGAAACAAAAACUCCCGGUUGGUGGAAGAUUUCCAAGAACUGCGGAAGACAUUAGAGACCAUGAAUUUGUUCAAUGCCAACCUGGGGUUCUUCUUCCUUCACCUCGCCCAGGUCUUGAUUUUGGAAGCCCUGGCUUGGGUAAUAGUGUGGCAUUUUGGCAGUGGCUGGCUUAUCACAAUGUUCAUUUCUUUUCUUCUCACAGUUGCUCAGGUUCAGGGUUCAUUUCUGCAGCAUGACAUGGGACACCGAUCCAUAUUUAAGAAGGCCAAGUGGAACCGCCUGAUGCAAACAUUUGUGACGGGUCAUCUCAAGGGCCUAUCUGCCAAAUGGUGGAAUAACUGGCACUUCCUACACCAUGUCAAAACAAACAUCUACUCCAAAGACCCAGAUAUUAGCGGAUGCCCAUUAUUUCUUGUGGGAGAUUUCCAACCUAUCCAGUAUGGCAAGAACAAAAUCAAAUACAUCGACUAUGAGAAGCAGCACCUGUACUUCCAUGUGGUCUGGGCCCCCUUUUUCUUACCGGUAUAUCUCAACAUGGAAUCCUUUCUACUGAUGUACCGCAGAAGGGACUGGGAGGACAUUGCCUGGGUCAUCAGCUUUUAUAUCCGCUAUUACAUCACAUUUGGCCCUUUCUAUGGAAUCUACGGAACCAUGCUGCUCAUAUAUUUCGUCAAGUUUCUUGAGAGUCCCUGGAUUACAUAUGUUACCCAGAUGAGCCACAUACCAAUGAAAAUGGGCAACAAGGAGAACCAGGACUGGUUCAGCACUCAGGUCUUGGCCACCUGUAAUGUUGAACAGUCCUUUUUCAAUGACUGGUUCACUGGGCACUUGAACUUCCAAAUUGAGCACCAUCUAUUUCCCACAAUGCCAUGCCAUAAUUAUCACAAGGUGGCACCUCUGGUGAAGUCACUGUGUGCCAAGCAUGGACUGCCGUAUGUGAAUAAGCCCAUGUUGAAGGCAUUUGGAGAUAUUGCCAGGGCCCUGAAGAAGUUCGGAGCCCUCUGGAAGGAGGCUUACUGCAUGCAUCCAGAAAUAUAA